AUGGCGUUCCGAGAUAAACGAGUCGCCAUCGUGGGCGGUGGUCUAGGUGCUCUGGCAUUAAUGAACGUUGCCCUCACCUGCGGUAUGACCAACAUCGAGAUUUUCGAGCAGGCUCGUGAGAAUGGCGAAGUUGGCGCAGGAGUCGACAUAACAGCGAAUGCGAACCGGGUUCUUGACGCCUUCGGGUUAAAAGAGACCUUAUUGCGAUACUCCUCACCCAAGCUACCUUAUUUCAUGGAGUACCACCACUACAAGUCCGGCGAUUAUCUCGGCCACAUCGAAGAAGCACACGAACCACAUGCUCGACUUAUUCAUCGAGGUCAUCUCUUGCAAGCGUUGAAAGAAUUCCUACCGCAUGACAAAAUACACUAUCAUAAACAUCUUACAUCGAUCGAUGAAAACAAGAGCCCGGACCCGAUGUCGGCACCGUACACAUUACAUUUUGGGGAUGGAUCAACCACCGAGGCGGAUAUUAUUAUCGGAGCCGAUGGGAUCAAGUCAAAAGUCCGGAGGGAAAUGGGCAUUGGCGAUUCGCCUAAUUACUCCGGUCAGGUUGUAUACCGUGGUUAUGUUGAUUAUAAGGAUUUGCCUGAGGAUACGGCGAACCUUCUUCGGACUGUGGUCAAUUUUCGAGGACCUAAACGUCAUAUUAUAUGCCUUCCUAUCGGAAACCAAUCUACAAAGACGGAUCGAAUCGGGUUUAUUGGGUUCAUGACGGAGUCGCUCGAAACUUGGGAUUCGGAGAAUUGGGUAUCUCGAUCUGAGAUUGGCGAUCUUCAAGAUCAUCUUUCGGAGUGGUGUCCUCAAGUGCAACAUAUCAUUCAUGGGCUAUUCCAGAGUUCGCCUGAUGGGUUCAUGAUGAAACAGGCGCUUUAUGUUCGAGAUCCAGUUGACAAAUGGUAUAAGAUGAAGGAUGAUAAAGAAGAUGUUGGUAUUGUCCUCUUAGGAGAUGCAGUUCACUCAACUCUUCCUCAUCAGGGUCAGGGUGUAGCUAUGGCUAUCGAAUCCGGUGUUGCACUAGCCAUAGUUCUUGCGAACUGGCAAAGCAAUGAUCUUCGGGCUGCGUUCCAAUUCUACCAGGGUAUACGCAAGCCCCGUACGGAUGGAGUCACUAGGACCAGCUACGAGGCUGGAAAACUUGGCAGCUCAGACGACCCGGAUCAUUUCAGUGAAAAGUUCAACCCGGACGCCCUGAUGAAGCGGAUGGAAUGGGUCAUGGAUUAUAAUCUGCUUGAGGAUUUGCAUGCAAAAAAUAAUGGUCGCAUGACGUUUAAAGACUCCUGGCUCUCAUGA